UGUCAUGUCAGCCUCCUAGCCGGAGCCGCAUGGGUUCUGGCUGUUUGUAGCUGUACGGGCUUUGCAGAGGACUUCUUUAACCGGGAAUAUCCUGACAAGAUGAGCCAGGCCGGGCAGGAGAAGAGUCGUGGGCUGAAGUUCGCCGAGCAGCAGCUGCUUCGUCACGGCUGGGAGCGGGGUAAAGGUCUGGGCCGGGCGCAGAGCGGCAUCUCGGAGGCCAUCAAGGUCAAAGUGAAGUGUGACAAAGGAGGGGUGGGACACCGAGAAGGAGAGCAGUUCUCCUUCCACUGGUGGGACCACGUCUUCAACAAGGCCUCGUCCAGCCUGCAGGUGGCGUCCGACCAGAACGGCGUCACGCUGAAGAAGACGGAGGAAGAGGAGGAGGAGGAGGAGCCGGGCGGCAGGAUGGUGUCCAAUAAGAAGCCUCGGAAAGCCGCGCUGGACAAGUCCAAACUGUACGGCUGCUUUGUGAAGUCGGCCACCCUGCUGUCGGGUCGGGAGCAGCCGGACCGGGAGGACAGCAGCUCGGACGAGGAGACGCUGGACCUGUCCAGCACCACAGGGCUCUCGGACUCGGACCUCAUGAAGGUCUGCGGAGGACGGACGGCGCACAAGGGGGCUCGCCACGGACUCACCAUGAGCGCCAAGCUGGCCCGUCUGGAGCAGCAGGAGGCGGAGUUUAUGGCCCGCUACGCUGGGAAGAGCCAAUCAGAGAGCUGCAGCUCCCAGGAGGAGAAACCAGAGAAGAAGAAGAAGAAGAAGUCUGCAGAGAGAGAGAGUCCAGAGGCUGACGGACAGCAGAAGAAGAAGAAGGAGAAGAAGAAGAAGAAGAGGAGGGACGAGGAAGAGGAGGAGGUGAUGUGUCUGGACGGCGGUGAGGAAAACACAAAGAAAAAACAGAAGAAGAAGAAAAACAAAGCAGAAGAGGAGUUAAGGGAGAGUCAGCCGGAGGAGAAGAAGAGAGAGCCCGAAGAGGAGGAGAAGAAGAAGAAGAAGAGGAGAGAGCCUGAAGAGGAGGAGAAGAAGAAGAAGAGAGAGCCCGAAGAGGAGAGAGCCUGAAGAGGAGGAAGAAAUGACUGUAAAGACCAAAAGGAAGAAAUGUAAAAAGGACAAAACACGAGGAGACGAAGAGCAAUGACUGUGUGUGUGUGUGUGUGUGUGUGUGUGUGUGUGUGUGUGUGAUACUUUAAAGUUUUGUACAAUAUGAAACGACAAAAUAAAGAUUUAAAAAAUGGUCUCAACUGUUUCGGCUGGUUAAAACUCAUUUUA